GUGUGUCUUCCUGCCAGACCAGGGCGCCUUCUUCGUGAACUAUGUGAUUGCCUCGGCCUUCAUCGGCAAUGGCAUGGAGCUGCUGCGGCUGCCAGGCCUCAUCGUCUACACCUUCCGCAUGGUCAUGGCCAGGACAGCCGCUGACCGCAAGAACGUUAAGCAGAACCAGGCUUACCAGUUCGAGUUUGGAGCCAUGUAUGCCUGGAUGCUGUGCAUCUUCACUGUCAUCAUGGCCUACAGCAUCACCUGCCCCAUUAUAGCGCCAUUUGGCCUCAUCUACAUCCUGCUCAAGCACAUGGUGGACCGGCACAACCUCUACUUCGUCUAUCUUCCAGCCAAGCUGGACAAGAGGCUGCACUUCGCUGCUGUGAACCAGGCCUUGGCUGCGCCCAUCCUCUGCCUCUUCUGGCUCUUCUUCUUCUCCUUCCUGCGCCUAGGUCUGCAGGCCCCUGCCACCCUGUUCACCCUCCUGGUCGUGCUGCUCACCAUCCUGAUCUGCCUGGCGUAUACCUGCUUUGGCUGCUUCCGGCACCUCAGCCCUCUGCACUACAAGACAGAAGAAUUGGCAAGACAGGAAGGAAGCGAGGCAGAGGCCCAGGAGCCUGCACCACUUACACAGCUCUAUGUGCCCCGGAUCCUGAGUGGUCUUGCCUCGGAGAGGACAGCCCUGUCCUUGCAACAGCAGCAGACCUAUGGCACCAUCCACCAUGUCAGUGGGAACCUACCCAAGCAGGACACAGUCUGCAACCCAGAGGACAGUGCAGUUACCUCCUCUACUACAGGCUACCUGUGAAGAUACUGUCUGCAGACAAGAAGGGGCUCAGCCCUGAUUAGGGCUGGGCUGGCUGUGGGACCACAGUGGAGGUGGACCUGCCUCUUCCCCAGAGCCCUGCCCCUGUGCUUUGAGCUUUGUGGCUGGGAUUGUACCCCAGGGUCUGAAGCCAAGUUCAUGUGUUAGAAAUUCCUUUCCCAAGUUGGUCCUGAGAACGAUGUUGGCCAUGGAGAGCCAUGUGACAAGAGGACUAUCCAGUGUCCUCCCACAGCAGUGGUCAGUGCCUGGCCAAUCUGACCACGGCCUGUGUCCCAUCUCCAUGGGCCUUGUGAUGGGGUCUGGGUCACUCUGCUGCAGGCAGAGACGAUGAAGACCAUUAAUAAAGUGCCUUUGGCUGAG